GCGGCCCGGCGUUCUGCACGCUUCAAAAGCGCACGUCUGCCGCACAGUUCUCCUCUUCCUCAUCUCCCGGCCUCUGGAUCUCACUUUGUUGCCAAAAUGUCGCUUUCCAACAAGCUGACUUUGGACAAGCUGGACGUGAAGGGGAAGCGGGUCGUGAUGAGGGUGGACUUCAACGUUCCUAUGAAGAACAACCAGAUAACAAAUAACCAAAGGAUCAAGGCUGCUGUUCCAAGCAUCAAAUUCUGCUUGGACAAUGGAGCCAAGUCGGUUGUCCUUAUGAGCCACCUGGGCCGGCCUGAUGGUGUGCCCAUGCCUGACAAGUACUCCUUAGAGCCAGUUGCUGCCGAACUCAAAUCUCUGCUGGGCAAGGAUGUUCUGUUCUUGAAGGAUUGUGUGGGCCCAGAAGUUGAGAAUGCCUGUGCCAACCCAGCGGCUGGGGCUGUCAUCCUGCUGGAGAACCUCCGCUUUCAUGUAGAGGAGGAAGGGAAGGGAAAAGAUGCUUCUGGGAACAAGGUUAAAGCUGAGCCAGCCAAAAUUGAUGCUUUCCGAGCCUCACUGUCCAAACUAGGAGAUGUCUAUGUCAAUGAUGCUUUUGGGACUGCACACCGAGCCCACAGCUCCAUGGUGGGUGUGAAUCUGCCACAGAAGGCUGGUGGAUUUUUGAUGAAGAAGGAGCUGAACUACUUUGCCAAGGCUUUGGAGAGUCCAGAGCGACCCUUCCUGGCUAUCUUGGGAGGAGCUAAAGUUGCAGACAAGAUCCAGCUGAUCAAUAAUAUGCUAGACAAAGUCAAUGAGAUGAUCAUUGGUGGUGGAAUGGCCUUUACCUUCCUUAAGNUGCUCAACAACAUGGAGAUUGGCACAUCUNUGUAUGAUGAAGNAGGAGNCAAGAUUGUCAAAGAUCUCAUGUNCAAAGCUNAGAAAAAUGGUGUGAAGAUUACCUUGCCUGUUGACUUUGUCACUGCUGACAAAUUUGAUGAGAAUGCCAAGACUGGCCAAGCUACUGUGGCCUCCGGUAUACCUGCUGGCUGGAUGGGUUUGGACUGUGGUACUGAGAGCAGCAAGAAAUAUGCUGAGGCCGUGGCCCGAGCUAAGCAGAUUGUUUGGAAUGGUCCUGUUGGGAGUGAAGAAGAGCAAAUGCAGACACUCAGGUUCACGGGACCUGCAGAGUGCCAGGCAUCUAGGGCAUAUUACAAAUUCCAGUCACAGUCUAUUAAAUUUAAGUGCAAUGGCAAAUGA